CGUGCUUAACAAAAAGUUCUGUGACUAUUUUAUUGAGAUGCCUAAAUAUCCUUCAGUUAAAUAGUAAAACGAAUUAAAUAUAGUAAUAGUCUUUAGCUUGUGUUUGUUGAAGAUCGCAAUGAAUUCUAAUAAGAGCGGUGUAAAGCAUUUUGAUCGUAAAUUUGUGGCGUCAAACUUGCAGAGUCUUUUGCGCUGUCCAAAAUGUGCAAAAUCUUAUACUUUUUUAUACAAUAGGAGUAAGAAUGAAGAGAGCUUUCGUCCCAUUUUACUGCCAUGUGGUCACAAUCUCUGUGAGAGCUGUGCCUGGAAAAAUCGAAAGGAUCUAAAGUGCGCUGAGUGUCAGACUCCAGCUCCUCCAACGAUUAAGGUCAAGGAUCCAUCCAGCCAAUUUGCCGUUAAUGUGCGCGAUUAUUAUGAACUCAAUUUUCAUGUUUUGGGAGAAGCCAGCAGUCUUACCUACUAUCGCCGUUUUGCCUCGGAAACAUCAAACAAUUCAUUGUCCCUCAGCUCGGGAAGCGAGGUGAUUGUCCAGUCCACCAAAUGCAGCGAAUGCGGAAAUGCAGUUGCCACAGGAGAAUGUCGACAGUGCAAUGCAUUCUAUUGUCGCCGUUGUUUCGAAGCUGUUCACAAUCACAGUCGCGUCUUGAAGUCGCACAUCUUCCAGAAAACUCCAGUCGAGGAGCAGACGCAAUCCAGCAAAGGAUUACGUGUGGGCAAGGAUUUCUUUACGCUGCCUUCCAACGACUGCAAUUACCACCUAAUGCCGAGAAAUCUAUACUGCUUAAAUUGCAAGCGAACCAGCUGCCAAAUAUGCACUUCCCUUCAGCAUCGUGGACACCACAUUCGUCAGUUGGCAGAGAUUAACCAACGCUAUGCUUCCGAGAUUCCAGUCUCAUUGAAUUCAUUAAACUCCACUCUUCUCAAUAUCCAAAAUGGCAAGGAGGUGGUUCGAGCGGCCAAGCAAAAGCUGAGUGACUAUGCCUCUGAAACGCUGGCCAGUGUUUCCAAGCGUUUUUGCCACCUGCACGGGCUGCUCCAGGUGGCCGAGCUCCAGGUCAUCGAGAAGCUGCGCGAAUCCAGUCUGCCGCCGCAAAUGGAACUCAACGAAGCCAUGGGCAAGCUGAGUGGCUACGAAUCGCUAAUUAAGCGCUUAAAAGAAACCCUGGAAAGUGGUUCCGAGGAUAACAUGGGUGUGCCAAGGGAUAUCGUUCUUAAAUGGCUGUUAAAACUGAUUGCCGAGCAUAUCGAAAAGAUUCCCACAACUGUGCAGGUCAGCAAGAUCGAGGAAAAUCCCUAUCGUCUCGCCUUUGGUCGUAUGUUGGAUAUGACCAACAUAUUAAAGUGCGAUUUUAUAGAUCCCAAGAUUCAGGUGCGCUUCAGGAGCGACUUUGAUACAAAACUCAGCGUGUCAAUUUCAACCAACGAACCUGUAACCUCUAGAUCUUCAAGCAGUGGCAAGGAGAACAUCCAUCAACCCAACAUUAAGUCUCCUCAAAUGAUGUUAACCCCAAAUUUGAAAACUAAACCCAUAUCCCAGAACCAAAAGAAACGGGCCAAAAAGAAUCAAACAUUUCAAUCCAGUCUAAGUUCGUUUGCUGCCGCCACCGAAGAUUUGAAUUUGGCGCAAAGCCUUUCCACUUUGGACAUUACCAAACCGAAUGUGUCGCCAGUGGUUAAGGCGGGAAAGGCAGCAGACUGGUUCAAGACAGAUGCCUUGGUCAGGGUUCGCUCCGUCAAUUCCCCCGAGGACUUCUACGUCCAAGGGAUCCAUGCUGCCCAUCGAUUGCGCGAGGAGCUGGACACAUUUGCAAACUCAAUGAGCGGCCGCCGAUCCUCUCCGCUGGCGGUCGUGGUGGGUCAACACUACAUCGCCUACCACAAGGAUCAGGAACGCUACUUUCGCGCCAUGGUCAGCCAGAAGUUGGCCGCUCGGGACACCUACAAGAUCUUUCUGCCAGACAUUGGCGUUUUCGUUGAGACUCACAGCAGCAACUUUUAUGAUAUGCCUGAGCGUCUUGCUCACCUACCAUAUUCCACCGUACAUUGUAGCUUAAGGGAACUGAUGCCGAACCACGGCGGUUCUGAGUGGGAUACUCGCGCCAGCGCUUUCCUAAAGCAGAUAGUGCAGAACAACCCCGUGCACGUGAUCGUGAAGAAAGCUCUGUCCCCUGAUCUACAUGAAGUGGACCUCAUCACAAACAACUAUAAUACUGAAAUCUCCGUGCGGGAGUCUUUUUUAUACUCUGGCCUGGCGCGCUCCCGCUGCGACCGAGCGUCAGCUUUAGGUCAGCAAUGGCUGCAGCCCGCUCCCAGUUCGCUGCGUUUGCCCAGGAUGAAGUUCCAGUUCGGCGACGUGCUCAUGAUCCAGAUGCUGCACGUCGAGGAUCCGCAGGAGUUCUAUGUGAUGCGCCACGACUUCGAGUCCAAGCGUUGCAUGCUGCAGUCCAAUCUCCAGGGAACCAUGGAUCGCAUUAACAUCAGCCAGCUGCAGAAUAUAUUUUUGGGUCGCCUGCACCUGGGUUGCGUGCUGCAGUCAGAUGGUCAGUGGAAGCGCGCCAGUAUUGAGCAGAUUCUUCCUGACGGUUACGUUUUUGUACGCCUCGUAGACGACGGUCCCAGCCAGAAGGUUUUCUGGGACCAGCUGUUUGUGCUACCGCAGAACUUCUGCGACACCGAGCUGGCCAUCAAGUGCUGCCUGGCAGAUGUGGAGACUCGUCCGGAAUUGGGCUAUGUGUGGACUCCGGAGGCCACGGCUUACUUCAAGCAGCUCACAUCGAAUCCCAAGCUGCACAUGGAAGUGAUUCGCUCCACGGGGGAUGUCGUCUAUGUGGCAUUGACUUUCACGCGUUCCGAUACGGAGAUUACGAGCGUUGGAGUCCAACUGGUGGAACAGGAAUACUGCACUUCAAGCGGGGAGAGCAGUAGGAAGAACAAUUCAACCCAUGCGCCUCGAUUCACAAGCCUCGACGUGGAAACACGCAAGUUCAUUGAGCAGCAGAAGGGGCAGCCAGUGGAACUGACUCCCUACCAGAAGCCGGAUAAAAAUGAUCGCAACAAGCGUGUAAAUGUCUACAUUCUCUACGUCCGUCAGCCGGAUGAAUUCUAUGUGACGCUGCCCCAUUUCCAGGCGGCCAUCGACCGCCUGCAGAAGUCGGUGCAGGAAUCAGCGGCCGCUUUUUAUCAGGACAUGCAGCCCAGGACUAAUUGGCAGCUGGGCGAAAUGUGCUAUGUGAAGGUCCAAGCCAAGUACGAUUCGCAGCUGCUUUGGCAUCGUGGAGUGGUGACGAAGGUCAUUCCUCCUGGCAGUAGUUUCCAAUCGAUUCGCUACCAAGUGCAGUUGAGGGACUUGGGUGAGAUGGUCGAGAAUGUGAGCAGCGAUUGUCUGGCCAACAUUGACGAGGCCAAUAAACGGAUCUCGAAUAGCGCCAAGCGUUGUCACCUACACGGCAUUCGUUCUACAAUUGAUGGAUGGUCCGAGGACGCCAUUGAUUUCUUCAAGGAUCAGUUGCAGGCCUACGACGACAUCUAUGUGACCGGUCACGGAUGUAAGGAGAACUCCCUGAGCGUGGUCCUUUGGGGAUCCCACACCGUAAUCAGUGGACCCUUUUCGCCCGCUCGACUCAAAUAUGUUAAUAUAAACAAAACACUCUUGUUGGCCGGCAUGGCAGAGAAGGAUCCAAAUACCGAUCAGGAAGACCAGCAGUCGAUGAUGGAUAAUGCGAGCAUUCGCUCUGUAGCAACCACCAACUCCUGCGACGUAAAAGCCAUUAAAUCCUAUAUGGAUAAAAUUGAUAAGAUGACAAAGGCAAAUGACAUUCAUACGGUUGAACCAAGCAAAGUGCAAAUCGGAUUUGAGCACAACGAUGAAAUGCCACCGUUAAAACUUCUCGAAGAUCUGGGAAGGAACAAGCCGACCACUGGCCAAACAGUACCGCCUGCCGGAUGGACAACGCCAAGGAAGUGCGAGAAGACCAUCUUCACCGCAAUCGCAACCAAUGUGAGCUACGACUGCGGCGUCUACUUGACUUUGGCAAACGACAAGCCCUUUAUCGAGCAUAUGCGCAACCUGCUGGUGAAGAACUACAAGUCUUUAAUGGAGAAGCAACAGCAGCGAUGCACCCUAUUCACAUACGAGGUGGGACAGGCAGUGGUCGUAACCUAUCACAUGGACAACUGCUUUUACCGAGGAAUAGUGCAGCGUAUGAGGAACAAUCACGAUGAGUACACGGUUUACUAUGUGGACUAUGGCAACAUGGAGCAGGUAAAAGCGGAUGAGAUGCUGCCGUAUGCUCCGUUCCCGGAACUAAAUGCAAUGUGCUUCCCGGUCACGAUUCACGGAGUGCGCUCCAAGCGGGGAGAGUAUUCUGUUAAAGAAAUGGACACGGUCCACCAGAGCUUGGUCAUGAAACUGAGCAGUGUGCGCAUUGUGGAUGCCCAAGGAGCGGGAUCCAAGAAGCCACCCACCUGCCAGAUUAAAGUGGGCAAUGUAGACAUUGCCACCAUGAUGAUUGACUCCGAAAUAGCCAUAUCAACCGUAACCCAGCCAAGCAAAAAGAAAUUAAUGUUCAUGCCUCCUACAAAAGCUCUCGAGGAGUUUAAAGUCUUUGAAGAAUUGGAACAGCUGGCUUCGGUGCAAGGAGAUUCACCGGAUGAAGAAGCCCCUCAAGUCCAGCGUAAAAAUGAAAGCAUGUCGUCGGUUCAGCAACCGCCGACUAAAAAAAAGUAUCAUGUAAACAGCAAGGAGGUUGAAGCCUUUGAGCAGGAUCAGGAUCAGGAUUUCGAUUGCCAGCAAGCCGCACAAGAAAUGCACCUUAACAAUAGUUUCUAUUUUACCGUCAAUAAAAAAUACGAUUCUAAAAGCUGUGCUGAAGAAUCGGUGCUCGAUGAUUCGGAAGAUGAGCGGAGCUCAAAUUGCUCUGAAAACAAGAUGAUGAAAAUAGAUGACGACUGCGAGGACAGCCAGAUGGAGCCGCUUAGUUUUCCGGCCGCAGAUCAGUUGCGUCGCCGCAUCGAACUGCGUCAAAAAGAAAUGAAAGCCAACGUCAGUUUUUCGCCUUUGGAAACCUCCACUGUGAGAUCGUAUUACAAUGCCAGUAGCAGCUUCAAGACCCUCAGUCUUCCCAAUGGAGUCAAGGAGUUCCAGUGCACCGUGGAGAGUGUGCUAUCGGCCACGGAGCUGCAGAUCUCGCCAUGUCUCUCGGAGUUCACGAAACACGACAUAAACCUGGUCCAAGAGACGCGUGUCUUGAUCAAGGAUGCGGAACUACUGAAGAAUCCCAAAUUGGGCGACUUGUGUCUGGCUCGCUAUUCGAAGGACAAACAGUGGUACCGGGCCAUCAUUAAAGAGAUUCCACCGGCCACUCCUCAGGCAACCGUAUUCUACAUCGAUUUCCAUGACACCGAGAGGGUGUUCUUCAACCACCUGAAAGUGAUGCCCAAUCAGUUGUUCAUGUUUCCACUGCGCUCGUUCCGCGUUAAAUUGCACGGCGUGAAGAAGAACAAAAACUUUACAGACAAGUCAGUGCGCCAGGCAUUGCAGGCAAGCCUUUGCAAAUUUGCGCUCGUCUUCGCCAGGGUUCACUAUCCCCUUAAUUACCAUUCCAAGAAUAGCGAAGGCUCCGAUGGCGGAUCGGAUCUUAUCGAAGUGGAGCUGUUCGAGAACAGGCAGAAGAAGAAGCCUGUCUACCAACCCCUUUUUGAAAAUUGGAUGUUCCUUAAAAAAACCAAAAACUAAGGUUCAAAAAAAUGAUUAUUUCUUAAUAUUUUAAAGCGCUUUGAAUAUGCGCACUCGUACGACUUCUUUUUAUAACUUUACAUAAAUGGAUAUGUAUUUCAGUAUUACCACUUUUAAUUUAAACUGGAAAAAAUUAAAUAUAUUUUUAAAAAUUACUUUGACUAAAAAUGAAAUAAACCGUGUGUGUUUCUUUAUACUCCAUUCAUUAUAACUUUGUGUUUCCUCCCAAUAAAA